AGCCCCGGCGCCGGCGCCCUCGCCGCCUCUGCCGCUGCCGCAGGAAGGAGCAGACAAGCUCCCGCCGCGCCGCCCGCACCAUGCCCCGCAUAGAUGCGGACCUCAAGCUCGACUUCAAGGAUGUGCUGCUCAGACCCAAGAGGAGCAGCCUCAGGAGCCGAGCCGAGGUGGAUCUUGAGCGAACCUUCACAUUUCGAAACUCGAAGCAGACCUACUCAGGGAUUCCCAUCAUUGUGGCCAACAUGGACACCGUGGGGACAUUUGAGAUGGCAGCUGUGAUGUCACAGCACUCCAUGUUCACAGCAAUUCAUAAGCAUUACUCCCUGGACGACUGGAAGCUCUUUGCUGCAAAUCACCCUGAAUGCCUGCAGCACGUAGCCGUGAGCUCGGGCAGCGGGCAGAGUGACUUGGAAAAGAUGAGCAGCAUUCUGGAAGCCGUGCCACAGGUUAAGUUUAUUUGCCUGGAUGUGGCCAAUGGAUAUUCAGAACAUUUUGUGGAAUUCGUGAAACUCGUCCGUGCCAAGUUUCCUGAGCACACCAUCAUGGCAGGGAACGUGGUGACCGGAGAGAUGGUAGAGGAGCUGAUUCUCUCGGGGGCCGACAUCAUCAAAGUGGGCGUUGGACCAGGCUCCGUGUGCACCACCCGCACCAAGACUGGGGUGGGCUACCCCCAGCUGAGCGCAGUGAUCGAAUGUGCGGACUCUGCACACGGCCUCAAGGGCCACAUCAUCUCCGACGGAGGCUGCACGUGUCCAGGAGAUGUCGCCAAAGCCUUUGGAGCCGGGGCUGACUUUGUCAUGCUGGGAGGGAUGUUUUCAGGCCACACCGAGUGCGCCGGAGAAGUGAUCGAGAGGAACGGGCAGAAGCUCAAGCUCUUCUACGGGAUGAGCUCGGAAACAGCCAUGAAGAAGCACGCGGGCGGCGUGGCCGAGUACAGGGCCUCUGAGGGCAAGACUGUGGAAGUGCCUUACAAGGGAGAUGUGGAGAACACGAUUCUGGACAUUCUCGGGGGGCUGAGGUCUACCUGCACCUAUGUGGGGGCUGCCAAACUCAAGGAACUCAGCCGGAGGGCGACGUUCAUCCGGGUGACCCAGCAGCACAACACCGUGUUCAGCUAACCCCGAGAGGGAGGGGCAUCAGCUCCGGCGGAGGCUUCCCGGUGCACCUGCUUCUCCUGCCACUCCCGAGUGGAUGGCGGGGUGCCGUGUCCUUUCUCCUCCCUCCUGCUGCUGCUGGCGGCUUUGGGGCUUCUCCUGUGCCACCCUGGGGCCCACAGUAGGGCACUGAUGGGGCCAGUGGUUGCAGCCCAGCUGCCCAGAACUCAUAACUUCAUUGUCUGAACCAACACCUGCACCCUUUCCUUUUCUUUUUUAAAGAGAAAAUGGUUUCACUUUAAUAUAUGCUCUUAUCGUAAGGCUUGAUUGCGUGCUGGAGUCUGCAUUUGCAGGAGCCAAGUUGUAGAGGGCCCUGGGGGUUGUCUACCUCCUUCCUGGACAGGCGAGGGGCUCAGCCCCACCUUGGCUUGCAGCAGAUAAGCACCUGGGGCAGGGAGCCAGCUGGAGUCAGAGUCACUGCCACCCCCCUCCCGGCUCUUGGCUACCAGGAAAGGUUGAGUGGACAGGUGAACAUGAGGACUCGUCCCCCCAGAUCCAGAUCCUGCUUGCGAGGUUGUAGCUGUGUUAUUUUCACCAGAACCUUUGUCACGUGCCUCCCAGGAGUCGUCAUCUAUGGCUACACUGGGUGCCACGUCCCUGUCAUUUUGCUCGAGUCCAUCCUUUCCGUCCUCUCUCUCCAGUCCUCAUUUGUGAGGCUGGCUGUUGUUAAAGGGGCUGUGAACGCUUCCGUGGUUCCAUGGGAGCGCUCACUGAGAGGCUGGUCACCGAGCUGGCAGCAGGUGGUGUCCUGAUGGAAGACAGCAAAAGCUUUCAGCAGUGGUGGCAUUGGAGGCACGGGCUUAGGACACGAGCCCUGUUCCCUUGUCGGUGUGAAUGCUCCCGUGGGAGGGCCGCACAGGACUGCUGGGUGAUGGUUAGUUAACUGUGGUCCAUGCCCACUGCCUUUGAGAAGGGACGUGUGCCUGGCCUUGGCAGCUGUUACAAAGAGCCCUCCUGUGCCUGCAGAGGGGAGUGGCUGCCCUCUGGGGACCCAGGCGAGGGUCAAGGGGAGAUUUGACGUGGAGUGGGCUGCAGGGUUUUCCUGGUACCCCCCGCCCCCGCCCCAGCCUUCUCUUUGUCUGCCAGUUGGUGCAAGCUGUGAGCCUCUCCUGCUGGGGCUGUGGACAGCGUGUUCCACACGAGUCCUGGAGUUGCUUAGGUUUAUCAGAGCUUCUGUAUUGCAAAAUCAGGAGGAGAGAGGGAAGGAAUGGAAAUCUUCGAGAACCCAUAGUCGGGGAACUCGGGACCGUGUCCAUCAUGCUCCUGCUACCGUGGCCAGGGUCACCAGCAUCCCCUUUCUCAUCUUGGGCUCCCGUGCUGUGCUGAGGGUGUGUGGGCACCUUGGGGCCCUGCUGCCCGCAGCAAGGCAUGCUGCUGUAUCCUGCCCGUGUGGACAUUUUGCCGACUGUGACCUUGUUCUUUGUUUCACAAAGCGAAGGCAGGUCCCUUGCAAUUCAGUUGUCUGGGAAAGCAAAGCCAGAAACACAUGAGACUCCAUCAUGCUCCCUUCCCAGCAGGUGCCCCUCUGCCUCCAGUAGCAAGGAAUGGGCAGAGCCCCUGCCACACCAGGUACCAUCCAGGACCCCAGGAUUUGGUGUGCAGCUCUGCCGCCAGGCUGACCCAGCCCCUGGGCUUCUGGUGCCUGAGUAUGUGUGUAUCUGUGUUUGGGGGGCAUUUGUGAACUUGGCCCCAUUCACUUGGGGCUGCCCCACCUGUGGGCCUUGGUCAUGCUCUUGAUGGUUGCAAAACCUGUUCGGCUGUAGCACAUGAAGCUGCAGCUUUUCCCUAAGCAGUUAUAGAGAGAGAUGGAGAGUCUUGAGUUUUCCUCCAUCCACUGGCUCACUCUCCAGUAUGGCUGCAAUGGUCAGCGCUAGGCCAGGCUGAAGCCUAGGAGCCUGGAACUCCACCCGUGUCUCUCAUGUAAGUGGCAGGGGCCCAAGCACUCAGGCCAUCUUCUGCUUUUCCCAGGUCCAUUAGCCGGGAGCUGGGUAGGAAGCUAAGUAGCUGGGACUCAAAGCCACACUCCGAUAUUAGAUGCUGGUAUUGCAGGCAGUGGCUUAACCCGCUGCCCCACUAGUGCCAGCCUCUGCCUCAGCAGUGUAGCCAGUCACAGCCACCGGACCCCAAACUUACUGGAUUGGGGAACUCAGAGUUGAGACGCCACUGCCAGGCUUGCCCACCGUGUGCUGGCCUGUUUGCCUGGAUGGCUGUGGAGAGAACUUGGGCUGGCCCUUCUGGUCUGGUCUGUGAGGCUCACCCACCCACCACUGGUUUAAGGCCCAUUCUUCACACAGACACAGUGUGUCAGGACCUCAGCCCUGAGAUUCCGGCAAGAAUUGUGCUUGGCUGUUCCCCGAGCCCCUAACCCAGAAGAGUGUGGAUGGAAAGUGUUCCUGUUCCUCUUUGGGCUAAGUAAAAACUCAGACCUUGAACCCCAAAGGUUCUUUCACCUCUGCAUAACCUUCAGGCUGGAAGGGCUCAAUUGCCACGUGUGGGAGUAGGGGGGAGCCUCAGGUCCUUGGCAUCUGCUAUGCCAUGUCUUUUUCAAGACAGCCCAGUGCAAACCUGUGGGGCACACGUGAUGCCAGUGAGGAAGCCGCUGAUGGAAUUUCUCCUCAGCAGGAACCACAGAAAAACAAAUGAUCCUGCCACUUCAGACCACCAUCCAGUUUCCAGCCAAACGGUAGAGAAUGUGCCGAUGGUGCCAGUUGUGGGCUGCAGACAGAACCCCGCAGUGGUUCAAACAGGAGGUGUGAUGUGAGCCGGACAAGCCAUGGUAUCAGAUAAGGGCAUGUGCCUUUAAGAGGCUCUUCACUGUUUCUCAGCCUCUCUGAGGACCCAACAGAAGACAAAGACAGCUUUGCAAUUGGCACUGUUAUUUUAUUAGUACGAGUAUACUGAAAC